AUGUUCCGCACGGCGUCAGUAGAGGGCUCCGGGCCUAGGACGCCGCCCGCCUACGCCCCGCAUCCACCCUACGUACCACCCCGUUUCUUCCCACCCCGUCUCCGUCCACCACCCCCUCAGUACUGUUUCGAUGCGGCCCGUUUCGCUUGCGACGCCUCCAAACCGAGAUACCUCGAUGUUGAAAGAGAACGACUCGUCACGAGAUGGCUGGCAGAAGCAAACGAAGCGCUGGUUAGAAGGGAUCGGCCUCCGAGGUACAAGCCUAGAAGUAGCGAGCGGCGCCCGGACUUCUUGGAAAGGAGACCACCGAACUCGGAAUGGUCGGAAAACUUUCUUCUAGGAAGACGGAACGGUUCCGUCGAGCCGGAGGAUGAGAGUAGUGAUGUGAUGACGCUCAAAGAGUUUGUGGAUAAGUUUUCGUUGCCGCGUGUUGUGAGGUUCGAGGGAGAGGAUAGGGCUGUGCUUCUUUAUCGAGUGUUGGAGGCGCAUAGAAGAGUAGAGGCUGUACCGCUGUCGGGGAAGAAAGGGAAGCUGGUGGGGAAACCGCUGUAUAUACCGGAUUCAUACGAUGGUUGGUUUUCCGCCUGUGGUUGUCGCGGCGGUGCUCUAGCGACGGCUCGGGGCUCCAUCGCGGCCCUCCUGCGCAGUCGGGCCUUCGCCCUCGUCUCCCCCCGUGCCAUCUCCGCUUACCGAGCGAGACCUGCAUCUGAGAACGGCCGGGUAGGCGCGCAGUACGAGCGCGCGGCGGCGCGGCCGGGCACGCCACUGCGACUCGCUGGUGUGUUCGCGGACGGCAGCAAGGCGAAGGCACCUAAGUACGCUCAGCUCAUCGACCCACAGGGAAAUGGCGCCACGGGACACGCAAGGUCAUCGACGCCAGGGGUUUGUAGAAUAAAUAAGAACACAAAUAAAAGAGUUAAAAAUAGUAUUAAAAUAGCUGGUGAUGACUAA